AUCAGGAAUCGCGCCGAGGCACGUGCGAUGCCACACGACGCCAACCAGGUUGGAGUCUUGUCCACAAUGUCGUACCAGAGCGACAAAAGAUAGAAUCCAUAAGGCCUACUUCAUGGUUUCGAAUAUCGAGGAUGAGAACAAUUUCAAGAAAUUUGAUGUUCUGAACGAAAGGAAGAUCAAGCAUUACAUUUCGAAAAAUGCGCUUUUGGAGCAGCAGAAUGCUGGUCUCAGGCUGGAAGUGCAAAAGAUGAAAAGCGAAAUCAGGCAGAAAAAUUCGACUAUUUAUGCCUUAAAGGAAGAGGAAAGAUAUUUCGAGAAGAAGCAUCAAAAGUAUAUAGUUCCGAAAAAGAAGUUAUCAGAGAAGGAAAGAGAGGUGACGAAGCGAGACAUAUUGAAAGCGAUGUCGGCAAAUAGGACACUUAAGGAUGUGCAGGAUAUAUUUAGGGGAACGACUGAUCGCAGUGCUUUAAUUAAAUAUAUUUUCAUUAUGAAAAACAUAAUAUUUAAGAAAACGAAAACAAUCAAUUAUCCACAAGGUCAGCUUUUAAGGCAACGUGGUUCCCUAGAAAAAGAGCGAUCUAAAAACUAGUGUACGUUUUUUCAACGUUUACAGUUAUGUCUAAUGAUUUUAAUUGAACUUUUCAUUUCCAUUAUAAUAUUUUGAUUUUUAGAGACUUUGAGGUACGUACCGCACAUUACGAAAGACAAAAUUUAUCUCUGUGCCUUACAACAUCGAGUUAAUAAACUGAAAAAGCUACUUUUUACCCUAAAUCAAAACUAUGUUACUGAAUCUAGUACCAAAAAAAAAUUCAUUGAAAAAUUUUUAAUUAUGUAAAAGCAGACUUACAUCCAGGUAAUUUAAUCCUGGAAAUAGUCCAAGGAAAUAACCCUUGUAAUGGAAUUUAAUUUUGGUAUCAAUACAAAUUUUUUAUUUUAUUAUAUAUAAAUGUCCACAAAUACAUUUUGAAAAGGAAAUUAAGUAAGAGAUAUGAAAUCCUUCUCUCUGAUACAGGUAAAUUCAUUGUUGCUAUAAUUACAAAAUAGGCAUGUUAUCCCGAUAGAUUUGUCAUUCCAAUCGAAUCAUGAACUGUCUUCGUCCUCAUUGUUGCUAUUGCCACCUGCUACUUCGGGAUUUAUUUCUGAAUUAGCCUGUAGAAAUAAAAAAAUAUAUUUUUGAAGUAUUAA